ACAAACAGAAAAGAAAGAAAGAUGGCUCACUUAUUCGGGAAGGUUGAAGCAGAUGUUCAUCUUAAUGCUUCUGCUGAGAAGUUUCAUGAAAUGUUCAGCAGCAAUCCUCAUCACAUUGCCAACCUUGCUCCUGGGAAAGUCAAGGCUGUGACUACGCAACAAGGUCAUUUCGGACAAGUUGGCUCUGUCCUUGUCUGGAAUUAUGUUCUUGAUGGGAAGACCUGCGUGGCCAAGACUGUGAUUGAAGCCAUAGACCCAGCAAAGAACUCAAUCACUUUGAAGAUAACAGAAGGCGAUGUACUUGAACAUCUCAAGAGCUUCAAAGCCACGAUUCAAGCCAUUCCAAAGGAAAAGGGAAGUGUGGUCCACUGGACUUAUGAGUACGAAAAGCUUCAGGGACAAAUCCCAGAUCCUCAUUCUCUGCUGCAGCUCGCAUCUGAGGUUAGCAGAGACAUUGAUUCACACCUCACACAAGGACAAGACGAUCAUGAGGAACAGUUACUUGGGAAGGUGGAAGUUGAUGUUCACAUUGAUGCUUCUGCAGACAAGUUUCAUGAAUUGAUGACCUCCAAGCCACACCACAUUCCUAAUAUUUCUCCUGCCAACGUUCAACAUGCUGCUACAGAUGCAAACUGGGGCAAACUCGGUUCUGUCAUUACCUGGCACUAUGUCCAUGAGGGGAAAAACUGUGUGGAUAAGGAGAAGAUCCAUGCCGUAGAUGCGAGCAAGAACUUAAUCACUUUGAGAGUUGUGGAGGGAGAUAUCCUGAAGGAUUUCAAGAGCAUGGACAUAACACUGCAGGCAGCUCCAAAGGAUAAAGGGAGUUUGGUGCACAUCACCAUGGAAUAUGAGAAGCUGAAAGGUCACAUUCCUGAUCCUCACACUCUCACAAAGUUGGUCGCUGAUGUUACAAGAGAGAUAGGUUCUCAUCUUGCCCUCUAGUCCCCACCCUUAUUCUAAGCCUGUCCAUCGAGAUAACAUAUGGUGGGUAAAUCAUGGGAUUUGAAUCUUAAUUAAAGUCCUAAUAAAGUGCGUAUUAUCAUAAGUUAUAUAUGAGUAAAAACAGGUUCAGUCAGAAGUUGUAAUGCUUGAUGACGACGAGCUUGUUCUUAUGUAUUGCAAUUAUGUUAGCUGCUGUUCUUGUAUAUAUGUGUGAUGGAAGACUUGAUAUUAUUCAUGGUUGAGUGGGUAGGUUCUGUUUGGUUGUUAUAUCUAUCAAGUGCACUUUAUGAUUAUCAAAUUUAUAAAUAGGAUUGAAUUUGUGAAUUUUCCUAUA